UUAAAAUAUGUUAUCACUAGACAACAAACACAUAAAUUAAAUGUGUUAUCAAAUGUGCAACCUUACUUAAUUUACUUCUAGUUCUCAUUAAAUAUAAUUCAAAAUGCUUUUAAACAAUUUUACACUUAAUAUACUCGCAGUGUUUAUAACGGUACUAGUUGGUGUAAUAGUUUAUUUUAAAUGGCAUUUGUCGUACUGGGAUCGCCUAGGUGUUCCCAGCUUAAGUCCAGUUUUAUUUUUCGGAGACACGAAAAACCUUAUCCUUUCAAAAUGCACAAUCGGAGAACAAUUUAGAGUUUUUUAUAACAAAUUUAAAUCAAAGGGUUAUAAGCACGGUGGUAUUUUCUUUGGGCCGAUACCCUUCUACAUCGCUAUAGAUCCAGAAAUCAUCAAACAUAUCCUACAAAAAGAUUUCCAACAUUUCAUGAAUCACGGAUAUUACAUAAACGAAGAAGACGAUCCUUUGACUGGCCAUCUUCUCAACUUGGAAAAUGUUAAAUGGAAAAACAUGAGAGCGAAACUAACCCCGACUUUUACUUCCGGAAAAAUGAAAAUAAUGUUCCAAACUUUGGCCGAUUGUACCACUGGUCUAAAAAAAGUCAUGGACGAUUCAGCUCUAAACCACACUCCGGUAGAUAUCAAAGAUAUUUUUGGACGUUUCACGACUGAUAUCAUCGGAUCGGUUGCUUUCGGUAUUGAGUGUAACAGUCUCGAAAACCCUGACGCGGAAUUUCGGAAAUACGGUAAAAAAGUCUUCGAAAUUGAUUUUUUUGGCAGAAUUAAAACGCUUUGUACGUUCGCUAUUCCACACCCAAUUCUCCGAUUGUUCAGAUUUAAAUUUUACAAUUCUGAUGUCGCAACAUUCUUCAUGGACGCAAUUCGUGAAACCGUCAACUACCGAGAGAAAAACAAUAUUUACCGCAAAGAUUUUAUGCAUUUGUUGUUGCAAUUGAAAAACCGGGGUUUGGUCACAGAUGAUGAAAAAAUAACCGGCGAUAAAGAUAUCGUGACAGAAGCUUUAACUAUGAAUGAACUCGCAGCACAAGCCUUCGUUUUCUUCUUAGCCGGUUUUGAGACGUCAUCCACGGCAAUGACUUGGGCUUUGUACGAACUGGCGAUAAACCCAGACGUUCAACAAAAAUUAAGAGCAGAAAUAAACGAUGUUUUGAGAAAACACAACAAAUUAACUUAUGAAGCCAUGAUGGACAUGACUUACAUGGAAAAAGUUAUUUGUGAAACUCUGCGAAAGUACCCUCCAAUACCAGUACUUACACGAAAGUGCACAAAAGACUACACUAUCCCCAACACUUCCAUUCAACUCCAACGAGGAGUUUCAGUCUCUGUUCCAGUUUUAGCGCUUCACACUGACCCUGAAUAUUAUCCAAAUCCAGAAAAAUUCGAUCCUGAUCGUUUUAAUGACGAGAAUGUUAAAGCUAGACCCGGAUUUACUUGGCUUCCGUUUGGUGAAGGACCAAGAAUUUGUAUUGGGUUAAGAUUCGGAUUGUUACAAAGUAAAGUUGGACUGACCGCAGUUUUGAAACAUUAUCGAAUUAAAUUGAAUCAUAAAACGCAACUUCCUGUAACACUGAACCCACGAUCGUUUAUCACUUCCGCAAAAGGUGGAGUCUGGUUGGAUGUGGAAAAAAUAGAUUAAGACUUUCUGGCAUGAUAUUUAUGAUGGAAGUAAAUAAAUACAAUAAAUUAUAAAAUCUU